AUGCCCCCAUGCCCCCCCAAACGAGCCUGCGACGCCUAUAUCUUGCGGAAGGUCAAAUGCAACGGCUCUUGGGCCUGCGAUACAUGCCGGGAUGCCGUGAAGAAAGUGUCUUGUACGUAUCUGAAGCCUGUGCGCAAGAGAGGUCCAAAGAUUCGUCGAGCUCGGCAGAGGCAUAAGUUGACUGAGCAGCUCAAUGAGUUAGAAGUGCCUGAAGUGCCUGAGCAGGUAUUGCAUCAUGUAGAGCCUUCUCCUUCGGUACUGGGGGCCGAGAAGCUCCUCUGCGCUUCUGCUCCUGAGGAAUCCGUGCCGCGUCGAUUGUCCAGGACUGUUCUGGUGCCUAUCGUGCGUCUCUUCCAGCAGUAUUCGUACAGUGUGUGGCCAGUGGUCAACGCGGAGGCCUCUCUGGAAAGGCUCGAAGAUGUGGACUUGGAGAAUACAAGCCAUGACGCUGAGAAUGUGGCAUGUCUCAUCACGGCUCUGUGCGCUGCCCCGAUGGCUCAAUUGCAACUCGCCCCUAUCAUGGAUGGGCCACAUGGCGGUGGAUAG